AUGGAAGAAGAAAAAGAGAAGCCCAAGGAAUCCAAGGAAUCCAAGGAAUCGAAGGCUUCCAAGGAAUCCAAAGCUUCGAAAUCUUCCAAGGCUUCCAAGGACUCGGACUCUGAGGACUCCGAAGAUUCGGAAGACUCCGAAGACUCAGCGAAGUCGAAGGCUUCGAAAGACUCGAAAGACUCGAAGGCUUCGAAAGACUCGCCGGCUUCCUCCAAGCAGUACACGGCUCGCGUGCUUGGCGACGCGGACGAGGGCCGCACGCUCUUCGUCCAGAACAUCCCUCUCGAGGCCUCGCAGCACGCGCUCUUCGCCUUCUUCCAGCGCUUCGGCGCCCUCGUCUACGCCAAGCUCUGCGUCGACAAGCUCACCGGCCUGCCCCGCGGCACCGGCUUCGUCAAGUUCGAGUCCCCCGCGGUGGCCGCCUCCCUCCUCCGCCGCUUCGACCCCUACUCCCGCCCCGCGGGGGAAGCCCCGGCCGACUCGGAAUUGCUCACGCUGCUGGGCAGACCGCUGCAGAUUUCUCUGGCCGUCGCGCCGAAGCAGCUCAAACAGACGCUGGAAUCGCGGGAAUUGGCGCGGAAGGACAACCGGAAUUUGUACCUGCUGAACGAGGGAAAAAUCGCGGAAGACCGCCGCGGAGACAUGAAUAACCGCGAUUGGGAGAAACGCGAGCGCGCCGAAAAGGAGAAACUGGAGAAACUGGAGAACCCGCUGUUCUUCGUGAACCCGAAACGGCUUUUGGUGAAGAAUCUGGGGACGUUCGUAACGGGGAAUUACCUGCGGCAGAUCUGCAUUUACGCGGUGCGCCGUGCGCUGGCGCUCGAUUUGGUCAGCGUGGACGAAAUGAAACUGUCGCUCCGUCCCGCGGGGAACGCCAUUCCGAAGAAGAUCCACGUGGUGCAGGCGGUGGUGGCGUCGGACGAAUCGCGGGGAUCGAAGAAGGCGUCGAAGGGAUUCGGUUUCGUGGAAUUCGAAGAACAUGCGCAUGCGUUGGCGUGUCUGCGGUUCCUGAAUAAUAACCCCGCGUUCAGCUGGGCAGCGGUGAAUGUAGAGUCGCUGGUGGAGCUGUACGAGAAAUGCGGAGAAGAAAUCGAAGAUGAUCCCCAUAAAUUAGCGAAACUGGAUAUUGAGCACCUGAUGCAGAUGAAGCUGAAAGUGAAGAAGAACGAGACCUCGAACUCGCGAUUAAUUGUGGAGUUUGCAAUUUCGAAUCAUAACGUGCUGCGGCAGAAAGAAGCGGCGAAGGGGAAGAAGGAGAAGGCGAGAAAGGAGAAGACGCAGCCAGAAUCCUCGGAGAAGAAGGAGUUUGACAUUUCGCGGGAGAAGUCGCAUACGCGAAUUCAUUUUACAAAGAAGCGUUCUAGGAAGAUUCGUGGUGAUUAUGACCGGAAGAGAAAGUAGUUACGCUCUUUUCAAU